AGACUGUUGUUAGUUUUUAUUUUUUGGAGAUUUUUUUUAUUGAUUAUUGAAUUACUGUUAUGGAUUUGGGCGAAAGUCUUGAGGAUGAACAGAAAUUUGUUAUUUAUAAAUACGACGACUUAUUUAGUGAAAGUUUUCCUUUAAUGAAAGAAAUACGCCGGUUGGGGAAAUUAACUGAUGUGACAUUAAAGGUCGAAGAACAGACAUUUUCAGCUCACCGGAUAGUGUUAGCAUCGACGAUUCCUUACUUUUACGCGAUGUUUACUAAUAACAUGGCUGAAAGUCGUAUUAAGGAAAUUACUAUGAAAGAGAUCGAGCCUAGUGCUUUGGAAAGUUUGAUCAACUUUGCGUACAGUGGACAGGUGCGCAUCGAUAAUCAAAAUGUCCAAAGUUUGAUGGUCGGUGCUUCGUUUCUUCAAUUGCUUAAGGUCCGUAACGCUUGCGCCGAUUUUCUCAUUUCACGAUUCCAUCCUCAUAACGUUUUGGGCAUAAGAAUGUUUGGGAAUACGAUGAGUUGUACACAUCUCAUACAAGCGGCCGAAAAGUAUAUCGAUCAAAAUUUUACAAAAGUUUCGCAAUCGGACGAAUUUCUAGCACUAGAUUUCGAUGAACUAAUUGACUUAAUUAAACGUGACGAACUUAAUGUAAUCUCUGAAGAGGUUAUAUUUGAAGCCUGUAUGAAAUGGGUAAAGAAUGGGGAAGAAAAACGCGCAUCCAUGUUUCCACAAGUGCUGGCUCAAGUGCGUUUACCUUUGUUAUCACCUCAAUUUUUGGCAGAUCGAGUGGCCCGGGAAGAACUUAUAAGAUCUUCGCAUCAGUGUCGAGAUUUAUUGGACGAAGCUAAAGAUUUUCACUUAAUGCCAGAGAGAAGGGGACUUUUGCAGAGUUUUCGAACUAGACAGCGAGGAGAGUUUAUAUCCGGACAAAUCUACGCUGUUGGUGGUCUGGCUAGCAACGGAGAGUCGGUUAGUACAGUUGAGAUUUAUGAUCCCUAUGAAAAAAGAUGGCGCAUGGGGGAACAAAUGUCUAUGAUGAGAUCUCGUGUCGGUGUUGCUGUUAUGGAUGGAAAAUUGUACGCUUUCGGAGGAUUUAAUGGCUCUGAACGACUAUCUACUGUAGAGGUGUAUGAUCCUAGAAAGAAUAUUUGGACACAAGGAAGUGCAAUGAAUUGUAAAAGAAGUGCUGUUGGGGUGGCCGCAUUAAAUGACUGCAUUUAUGUUUGUGGCGGCUACGAUGGUGUAACAAGUUUAAACACGGUCGAAUGUUACUGCCCGAAAACAGACAUAUGGAAGACCGUAGCUCCUAUGGUGAAAUAUAGGUCAGCCGGCGGUGUUGCGGCUGUAAAUGGUUAUGUUUACGCGUUGGGAGGACAUGAUGGACUGUCUAUAUUUGAUUCCGUAGAACGUUAUGAUCCGGUUAAUGAUGUCUGGCAUAAAAUGAAAUCUAUGUUAAAUCGUCGCUGCCGUUUAGGUGUGGCUGCUUUGAAUGGUAAACUGUACGCUUGCGGAGGAUACGAUGGAAAUUCAUUUCUACGCUCUGUUGAAGUUUAUGACCCUAUCAAGAACUGCUGGUCUUUAGUGACGCCUAUGAAUUGUAAGCGUAGUCGUGUCGCCCUUGCGGCCAAUAUGGGCAAAUUAUGGGCGAUCGGUGGUUACGAUGGAGAAACUAAUCUCUCUACGGUAGAAGUUUAUGAUACAGAAACAGAUGAGUGGUCAUUUGUACCAUCUAUGUGCGCCCAUAGCGGAGGAGUUGGAGCUGGAGUAAUACGUAGUGAAAAAUGUUUCAUUUCUAAAACUUAGAUAAAUUCCAUCUGCCUCAAUCCAUGUUGGCAUGAGAUAAUGUCAUUUCAAAAAAAAUCGUUAUAAGAUCAAAACCUCUAAUAUAUGCUUACAUUCCAAAAUUUAGUUUAGGAAACUUAGACGAAGAACUCAAUUUUGGAUAAGCAUCAA